UUUGUUACAUUCAUUCGUUUAUUAUCUUGCUGGUGUUCGGUUACAAAACGCAGCGCUAGUGAAACUAGAACAUCUCCUUCAAAUGUGUUUUUAUAUUCAAAUGAUACAUAAUAUUAGCAAGCUAUGGGUUUUGAAGUUUUAAACUAGUUUAAUCCCAAUUUCCUGGUGCGAGACAGCUGAAAUCAGCGGAGGGAGGAGCGAAAGGCGGUACCACUGAAACUCACCUAAUUCAACGCAACGAAGGUGACAGACACACUGUUCCUCAUUUUCUGUAAUCAACAACAUAUUUUUAAAUUCUUAAUAUCAAAUACCGGUGGACGAAAAAAAAAAUACAGACAAGAGUUCACAAAAUAUGUGGAUUUACAGCGUAUUCUAAAGGCAAAAAAAAAAACAACUCGUGUUUUUUUUCGCUAUCUGAAGGAUAUUUUAAACACACAAAUACUGUACAACAAACCCCGCUUUACCUGCCUGCUGAAGCGGGUAAUGUAAAUUGCAACCGGAAAGAUAUUUGCCGUUGAAAUUGCUGACUUAAAAAUUCUGCAAGGAAAGCUGCUCGAUAUUAGAAAGAAGAAGCUAAAUGUGGACCCUCGAUGGGGUUAGCCUCUUGAAGAUGGCACCUCUCCUGGAAAGUGGAAGUUUCUCCUAAUUGCCAAGAGCAACUAUGAUUCAGGUUUGUGUUGACGAGCCACAGUUCUUGAAGUGUUGUGACUACGAACGUGACUGUUGAACCAACCCUCCACUAUGGUCUAGGAAAGGUCCAGUGAAUAAGAUGGCUUCUUUGGUUGCCCGUGCAAACGAGGACAAUCAGUCCCUGAUUCUGAAGGGGGUGGAUCCAGAAACAUGCAUGAUUGUAUUUAAAAAUCACUGGGCCCAGGUGCUGAAGAUCCUGGAGAAGCAUGACCCUCUACGGAGCAGUGGUGGUUUUGGAGCUGGUGGCAGGGGGCUGCGUUUCGGGCCGAUCCCAGGCGACGAAGCGAGCGCGGUGCAGAACUACGUGGAGCACAUGCUGUUACUGCUGAUGGAGGAGGAGAGCGGGCAAGUGGGCUCCAUGGGCCCCAUCCUGGAGUUUGUAGUGACAGAGAACGUGAUGGAGAAGCUGUUCCUGUGGAGUCUGCGGCGCGAAUUCACAGACGACAUGAAGCUCGAGCAGCUCAAGAUGUACGAGAUGCUGGUGGUCCAGUCCCGGCAGCCCCUGCUGCACCACAAGCCCGUGCUGAAGCCGCUCAUGAUGCUGCUCAGCUCCUGUUCGGGGACAGCCACCCCCACUGUGGAAGCUGCGCUGGUCAUCCUGCUCAACCAGCUUUGCUCCAUCCUGGCCAAGGACUCUUCCAUCCUGGAGCUCUUCUUUCACGCCAGCGAGGACCAGGGAGCCGCCAAUUUCCUCAUCUUCUCCCUGCUCAUCCCCUUCAUCCACCGCGAGGGCAUCGUGGGACAGCAGGCACGUGACGCACUGCUCUUCAUCAUGUCUCUCUCUGCCGAGAAUCACGUUGUCGCCAAGCACAUUGCAGAGAAUACCUACUUCUGUCCUGUGCUGGCAACUGGGCUGAGUGGCCUGUACUCCUCCCUUCCCACAAAGCUGGAGGUGCACAGCGAGGAGUGGCACUGCCUGCAGAGAGAAGACUGGAUCCUGGUCCCUGCACUGGUGCAGUUCAUGAACUCCCUUGAAUUCUGUAAUGCUGUCAUACAGGUGGCACAUCCCAGAAUCCGAGCCCAGCUGGUUAACUACAUAUACAAUGGCUUCCUAGUGCCUGUGCUGGCACCUGCUCUUCAUAAGCUGACACUGGAGGAGGUGAUGACCACCACAGCUUACCUGGAGCUGUUCCUGCGCAGUGUCACCGAGCCGGCUCUCCUGCAGACCUUCCUCAGCUUCAUCCUGCUGCACCAGCAUGAGAACGUGCACAUUCUAGACACCUUAGUCAGCCGCAUCAACACCCCCUUUCAGCUUGGCACUGUGUCUCUCUCCUUGUUCAAGACUUUGAUUGGUUUGCACUGUGAGGAUGUGAUGUUACAGCUCAUCUUGAGGUACCUGAUCCCCUGUAAUCACAUGAUGCUGAGCCAGCGCAGGGUGGUGAGAGAGAGGGAUUGCUACUCCGUGUCUGCGGCCAAGAUCCUUGCCCUGACCCCCAGCUGCAUCUCCCCUGUGCUCAGCCUGCAGAAACACCAGGAUAAUUGCAUCAUCUGGUCAAAGGGCAAUGAUUCCUUCCAGUCCAACACCAAGGGUUCCAAGGAGGAACAACAUGAACUUGACAGCCGGGAAUACGCCUACAUUGUGGAGUGUCAAAAAGGCAUGGAUGCCAGCUACUUGCACUACCUGUACGAUGCCCGCAACAACAUCACACACUGCAUCAAAGCCUGUCGAGUCUGGUCUGCUCCUUAUGACGGGGAAAACCCUCCACCUGAGGGACUCCAGCUUGGGCCAGCAGAAGAAGGGGGCAAGCAAACAGCAUCCUCUCAGAGAGCCCGUCUGAGCCGGGAUUCCUCUGGCCUGACCUCCACGGGGGGGAAGACACACCUGCUAGAGCUGGAGUGGGACGACAGCUACGACACUGGCAUGUCCCCGGGUGGCGACGGAGAUCUCUCCGAGGGAGACCCUGGUGUCAAAGAGCCAGUGCCCGUCGAGCCGCCCAGACACAUCCAGGAAAUGAGGAAGAACGCCAUUAUGCUCAUCAAGGGAUCUUACAUCGAGGAGUCGGACUUUCAGGAUGACAUCAUGGUGUACAAUCUGAUUGCUCAAAAGGAUGCCCAGGAUGCCGUAGAGCACGACAGUAGAAGUCUAAACGGAUCAGAGAAAACGGCACCCACUGUCCCGAAGCAGCAAUUGCAGCCCCUCAGUAAUGGUCUGACUGAAACACAAAACCCCAAAGCAGUACAGGAGCAGAACAAGAAGAACGUCAGCCUGAGCAGGGAGGGGCAUCCUGUCUCGAGUAAUGGAAAACUGGAUGAUGAAAGCAAGCUGUCUGAGCCAGACCACAACUCCAGUCUUCAAAUCCUGAGCAUGGAUGGGGAUGACCUCAUCUCCCAGUAUGAUGACCUCCUCAAGGGUCUUGGGGCUAACUCUGGGGGUCCGGUGGAAGCUAAGAGGGCCUUUGUAGACCCCAUCACUCCCACGGAAGAGGACGACGUGGAUUUCAAUGCCUUUUCUGAUGACAUGCUGGAUCCAGAAAGGCUGCCUUCUCCUUUUGGACCUAAAAGCCACGCAGUGUAUUCUGUCAGUGCCAGCACCAGGAUUCACGGAGCACCGUUCACAGGGCCAUUCGUCAGUGUUCUCCUGUCACGGCUGGAGAACAUGCUGGAGAACUCCUUGCAUGUCAACCUGCUGCUCACUGAGAUCAUAGCCCAGCUGGCCGCCUAUCCACAGCCACUGUUGCGCUCCUUCCUCCUCAACACCAACAUGGUCUUCCAGCCCAGCGUUCGCUCCCUCUACCAGGUGCUUGCAGCUGUAAAGAACCACAUUGAGCAGAUUGCUGCUACCAAGAAAGACAUCCCCGCUCUGGUGACAGAAGCCCAGCAAUACUUUCUCUCGAGAGAAGACAGCAAAGAUGUGGUUCAGGAGCCCCUUCAUGCAGAGAACGGGCAGUGGGUUCAAGAUAGCGGAGCAAAUCAUGUGCAACUGCUCCCUAGCAACAUGCUGAAGAAAGCACCACCCUUUCCAAAGAUUCCAUCCCAGAUGAGGAAUGUUGUUUUUGCAACUGUACUCUACGCAGAAUUUUUAAAAGAACUGGCUGCCAUUGCACAGGAACACACAAUUGUAUCAUACAUAUCGACAGAAAAAUAGGGUUUUUUUUUUACCUUUUUGUUUGUUUUAAACUUUUUAAAUGACUUUUAAAAUAUAUUUUAUAUUUCCUGUUCCUGGCACUACUUGAUAAAGAAGAGGAUGUAAACUUUUUAUUGGGGGAAGAGGGCUACUGUGUUUUAAUAUCAUUGGGUAUGUUUGAAAAUACAGCAGUUAUUCCCUGAUCAAGUCAAAAUGGUUGGUCAGCUCCCAAUAGUCGUAACGACUUUGAGAAAACACAACAGAUGUUCUGUAAGCGUAGUUCAUUAUUUGGUGGACACCUUUUAGCUUUAAAUAGGGUUUUAUUUAUGGAGGUUUGGUUACAGAAAAUAUUAACCACCUUAGCUAAUCAUGUGCAAUCACUAGUUGACAUUUGAAAACCAAGAGUCUAAGUCUAGUUCUAGGUCUGCAAUAAAAAAGAAGAUUGAUAAGGGGUAUCAAAAUCACUCACUGUAAACUAAACAACACCAGUUAUUGUUUAUCUGACAAAUUGCUGGUGAAAAUAAAUGUUCUGGAACUAAGUGGGUUAUAUAUACUGCUAAUGCCUUAACUCGUAUUGAAGGAGAUUGGCUAUUAAUUGUUACAGCUGUUUCUGCUAUAAUAAUUUAAGUUUUUUUUUUUUUUUUUUAAGUUGUUCUAUAAUAGUAUUAUUUGUACAUUGUAAAAUAAAACCUAAACGUUUUCUAUACAAUUUGUAUGUAGUGCUAUUGGCGGACAGACUUUUACAGUAAUAUUUAAUGUCUUAGUUGGCAAAGGGUAUUUAAGUAUUUUAUAGAGGUCAUCAAAUAUGUUUUAAAUUUUUAU